CGCGCUAAACCCCGCGCAGCCACGCCUCAUCCACCCACCCACUCCGUCCUCCGACGAUCCGCCGCCAUGUGCUCCUCCUACGACCCCUCCCCGCCCAUCGGCGCCGUCGCCGACGACCUCUCCUUCUACCUCGACCUCCCGCCCGCCCCGCAGCAGUGCCCCCCGCCCUACAGCCGGGCCGCGGAGGAGUCGCCGGAGGACAUGGUGCUCCCCUUCAUCUCCCGCAUGCUCAUGGAGGAGGACAUCGACGACAAGUUCUUCUACGACUACCCCGACCACCCGGCGCUGCUCCAGGCGCAGCAGCCCUUCCUCGACAUCCUCUCCGACGACGCCUACUCCUCGUCCCCGCCGUCCGCCGCCCGCAGCGGCGCCUGCAGCGUCGCCCACUCCUCCCCCGACGCCGCCGCCGCCGCCGACGACUGCGACGCCCGGUUCAACGGCUUCGACCUCGACCCGGCCGCCUUCUUCAGCGGCGGGGCCAACUCCGACCUCAUGAGCUCCGCCUUCCUCAAGGGCAUGGAGGAGGCCAGCAAGUUCCUCCCCAGCCAGGACAAGCUCCUCAUCGACCCCGACCCGCCCGACGACGCCAAGAGGUCCGUCCGCCCCGCAGAGAACAAGCUCGCGGCAUCCGGUUCCAACGCCGCCGCGGUGACCCUGAAGGUUGAGGAAGCGGUCGUGGCGGCGGCGCCUGGAGGCGGAGUCGGCGGCCGCGGCCGGAAGAACCGGUUCGACGACGACGAGGCCGACGACCUGGAGAUGCACCGCCGGAGCAGCAAGCAGAGCGCGCUGCAGGGGGACGCCGACGACCGUGACGUCUCCGACAAGCAGUACAUGAUCACCUCCCACGCGAUGUGCGCCGCCGUCGAGCAGAUGGAGAAGCUGCGGAUCUCCACGCAGGAGGCCGCCGCCGCCGCCAAGAAGAAGGCAGCGAGCGGUGGGAACGGCAAGGCCAAAGCGGCGGCCAAGAAGCAGGCCAAGGGAGGAGGAUGCAGCCACGGCGGGAGGGAGGUGGUGGACCUGCGCACGCUGCUCCUCCACUGCGCCCAGGAGGUCGCCGCCGACGACCGCCGCGGCGCCACCGAGCUCCUCAACCAGAUCAGGCGCCACGCCAGCCCGCACGGCGACGCCACGCAGCGCCUCGCCCACUGCUUCGCCGAGGGCCUGCGCGCGCGGCUCGCCGGCACGGCGCACCACCACCCGCCGCCGCUGAUGCCCGCCGCCAUCCCGCCCGUGGCCGACGUGCUCCAGGCGUACCAGCUGUACAUGUCCGCCAUCUGCUUCAAGAAGGCCUUCUACCUCUUCUCCAACCAGACCAUCUACCGCGCUUCCCUGGGCAAGAAGAGGAUCCACAUCGUCGACUACGGCAUCCACUACGGCCUCCAGUGGCCGUGCUUCCUCCGCCGCAUCGCCUGCCGACCGGACGGCGCGGGCCCGCCGCCGGAGGUGAGGAUCACCGGCAUCGACCUCCCCCAGCCGGGUUUCCGCCCGGCGCAGCGCGUCGAGGAGACCGGCCGCCGCCUCAGCAAGUACACCCAAGAAUUCGGCGUGCCGUUCAGCUACCAGGCGAUCGCCGCCUCCCGGAUGGAGACCAUCCGAGCUGAGGAUCUGAACCUGAACCCGAACCCAUACGGCGACGACGACGACGAGGUGCUCAUCGUCAACUGCAUCUUCCAGCUCGAGAACCUGAUGGACGAGAGCGUCUCCAUGGAGAGCAGCCCAAGAGACGUCGCGCUCGGCAACAUCAGGAGGAUGCGGCCUCACGCGUUCAUCCACGGCACCGUGAACGCGUUCAGCGCGCCCUUCUUCGCGACGAGGUUCAGGGAGGCGCUGUUCUACUACUCGGCGCUGUUCGACGCGCUGGACGCGACGACCACGGGCAGAGACAGCAGGCAGAGGGCGCUGAUCGAGCAGAACAUCUUCGGGAGGGCCGCGCUGAACGUGAUCGCGUGCGAGGGGGCGGAUCGCGUGGAGCGGCCGGAGACGUACAGGCAGUGGCAGGUGCGGAACCGGCGGGCGGGGCUGAGGCAGCUGCCGCUGAACCCUGAAAUCGUGCAGGUGGUGAGGGAGAAGGUGAAGGGGUGCUACCACAAGGACUUUGUGGUGGAUACUGAUCACCACUGGCUCUUGCAGGGAUGGAAGGGCCGCAUCCUCUAUGCCAUCUCCACAUGGGUGGCAAAUGAAGAUGAUGCUGGUUCUUGUUUUUAGCUGGUGUUUUUCUUUUUCACUCUGUUGGGUACAGAUAUAGGUUGAUUAGGUGUGUCAUGUGGACAGCGGCGGAGCGUGGAAGUAAACCAAGGGGGGGCCGACAUGGAUUGCUAUUUGCCCAUCACAUUCACCGAACGGAUCAAGAACGAAGCGUCGAGCCAAUGGCUAGAUUGCAUGCGCUUGACCAUCAUUAUUUCAGUUGGGCUGCAAUGCUACAUGUUGCUCGUUGGGCUCAUGUAAUUGCUAACUAACUAAUGUACUCACAGCCCAUCUAGCCCACAUACCCCUUCGCAGCACGUGAAGACACUGCCCUAGCCAUCCGUUCAUCUUCUCCAGCGUUCCUUACGGUGGCGCCCAGUGAGCGCAACAUCUGCCGGACUGCCGGAGAGAAAGGGGACAGGCGAGGUGAGCGCGAAACAAGGGGGGCCGGGGCCCAGUUUCGCCUCCAUUAUGCUCCGCCACUGCAUGUGGAUGUGUCUUGGGACAGUGUGUGUUCUGUUCUGUAUGGCCCAGUGAAAUUAGUAGACUGUAAUCUGAAUUCAACAUGGACCUGUUCUGUAAUCUGUAAUGUGAAAUUAAUAGAUGUUUAUCAUGCA